AUGUCGGUUGGGUGGUCACUGCCAUCAGUGAGUAUAUUACCGAGAGCCCUCUAUCCGAGGCCGAGCUGGUAUUCAUCAACCCUUCUAGCUAGGGAGAGAUGUGUACAGCUUUCCUGUACCUACGCUCCAGCUAAUCUUGCUCUACUGUUGUUUGGUCUAGUUGCAACUCCGUACUCUACUGUACAUCUACAUACGCUGUCAUAUCUGCAAAAUUAUGUACUACAUAUAUCCUCCCGUCCGGCAAAUUGUACUAGCUGUCGCCUCAAGCGCUCUUGUGGCGUUGCGGGUGGUGGACUGCGGAGAGGGUUAGCAGGUACACAUGUUCAACUCGGAACGCCUGUGCCGGCCGACACGCGCAUCUUGCUUCUUAUUGAAGACGUUACACUCUAG